UCAAGAUUUGCACCCCACAACUCAUAACAUCAGAACCCAAUUCUCAAGAUUUCACUAAAAUUACAUUUUUCUGAUCAUGGCCGUCGAUUCUUGUCUCUCAUCGCCUGUCUGCCCGCCCGUGAAUGAGAAAUUCGCUAAGGCUCUUCAAUUUAUUGAGGAGAUGACCGGAAACACUGACACUGUGCAAGAGAAAGUGUUGGCUGAAAUACUUGCCCGAAAUGCCGACACUGAGUACCUUCAGAGGUUCCAUCUUGGUGGUGCCACCGACCGAGACACGUUCAAGUCCAAGAUUCCGGUGGUGACGUACGAGGAUCUUCAGCCGGAGAUCCAACGUAUAGCAAAUGGCGAUCGCUCUCCAAUUCUUUGCUCUCACCCCAUCUCUGAAUUCCUCACUAGUUCGGGGACAUCAGCUGGUGAAAGAAAGCUCAUGCCAACAAUUCGAGAAGAAAUGGAUCGCCGGCAGCUCUUGUACUCCCUUCUCAUGCCGGUGAUGUCCCUAUAUGUGCCGGGACUGGACAAAGGGAAAGGGCUCUACUUUCUAUUCGUGAAGGCAGAAACCAAGACUCCAGGCGGGCUGGUCGCACGCCCCGUUCUCACUAGCUACUACAAAAGCGACCACUUCAAGACCCGACCCUAUGACCCGUACAACGUUUACACCAGCCCGGAUGAGGCCAUUCUCUGCUCUGAUUCCUUCCAAAGCAUGUAUACCCAAAUGCUCUGCGGCCUCCUCAUGCGAGAAGAGGUCCUCCGCGUCGGAGCUGUUUUUGCCUCGGGUCUUCUCCGCGCCAUCCGGUUCCUCCAGCUCAACUGGCGACAACUCGCGCAUGACAUCUCCACCGGUUCAUUAAACCCUAAGAUCACCGACCCUUCUAUUCAAGAGCGCAUGGCCAAAACUCUUAAACCAAACCCUGAUCUUGCUGAAUUCAUUACCAAAGAGUGUGAGGGCGAGAAUUGGGAGAGAAUAAUCCCCAGAAUAUGGCCCAACACCAUGUACCUGGACGUCAUUGUUACGGGGGCCAUGGCCCAAUAUAUAACUCUUCUUGAUUUCUACAGCGGCGGCCUGCCACAAGCCUCUUGCACCAUGUACGCAUCCUCAGAAUGUUAUUUCGGGCUCAAUUUGAAGCCCAUGACAAAGCCAUCAGAAGUUUCUUACACAAUCAUGCCUAACAUGGGGUACUUCGAGUUCAUCCCCCACGACCCUGCCAACCCGGUGCAGCUUUCCCGGGACGCGCCGCCGCAGCUGGUGGAUUUGGCCGACGUGGAAGUCGGCAAGGAGUACGAACUGGUUGUGACCACCUACUCUGGGCUGUGCCGAUACCGAGUCGGCGACAUCCUCCGUGUUACAGAGUUCCACAACUCAGCCCCCCAGUUCAAAUUCAUAAGGCGGAAGAAUGUCUUGCUCAGCAUCGAUGCCGACAAGACCGACGAGUCUGAGUUGCAGAAGGCCGUCGAAAAUGCCUCAGUUUUGUUGCGUGAGUUCAACACUACAGUAGUGGAGUACACUAGCUACGCCGAUACAAAGACAAUUCCGGGGCAUUACGUUAUAUACUGGGAAUUGCUAGUAAAAGAUCCGGCCCACGCCCCGACCGGUGAGGUUUUAGCCCAAUGUUGUUUCGCCAUGGAAGAGUCGAUGAAUUCAGUGUAUAGACAGAGCCGGGUCGCGGAUAACUCGGUCGGCCCACUCGAAAUUAGGGUUGUAAGAAAUGGAACAUUUGAGGAGCUCAUGGAUUACGCAAUAUCAAGAGGCGCGUCAAUUAACCAGUACAAAGCACCAAGGUGCGUGAGCUUCACGCCCAUCGUGGAGCUUCUGGACGCACGGGUGCUGUCGGCGCAUUUCAGCCCUGCUGCGCCAAAUUGGACACCGGAGCGGCGUGUUUGAUUCAGGUUAAUAGUGACGUGGUUGGAUGAAGGGAAUAUUUGGAGUAAAGGUUUGAUCAGAGAGUCUGAUUAGCUAGCUACAAACAAACAAACAAACAUGCCCUUGGGAUACGCAUAUGCAUGGACCGGAAGAAUCUUUGUUGAAUGUGGACCGUAUGAUCUAAGCUUUAGAAAGUGUCUUGAUUUAACGUUGUUUCUCAUUAGUCGGAUUCGGUCUCGGCCUUUCGCGGUAUGAGAAGUGCCAUUUAAGCUGUCGAAAUCUGAAUCUCAACUAUUGGGAGUAUCUUUGUUUGUACCCCGUGGAUUAAUAUUUGUACAUGGAAUUUACUUUUACCUAGCUGAAGCCGCACGCGGUCCUCGUGCUUAAAGCUUUUGAACGUGAGUUAAAAUAAAGCACAAAUAAAUCUCAAGUCUUUGUAAAUCUUUC